AUGUUCUACGUCCAUUUGCUCAUCAACAAGCGGGGGCCACUGGCCAAAAUCUGGCUGGCUGCCCACUGGGAGAAGAAGCUGACCAAGGCACACAUCUUUGAGUGCAAUUUAGAGGCCACUGUCCAAAAAAUCCUCUCCCCAAAGUUUGCUAUAGCUCUGCGAACAUCUGGACACUUGCUCCUGGGGGUAGUGCGGAUUUACAACAGGAAAGUAAAGUACCUCUUGGCAGACUGCAAUGAAGCUCUGACCAAAAUGAAGACAGCCUUUCGCCCAGGGCUUCUUGACCUUCCAGAAGAGAACUUUGAGGCUGCUUAUCAGUCCAUUACAUUACCUGAAGAAUUUCAUGAUUUUGAAGCACCACUUCCAGAUGUAAAGGCCAUUGAUGUUGCUGAACAUUUUACCUUGAAUCAGAGCAGAGCUGAAGAAAUCACACUUACAGAGGAUUAUGAAAGCAGUAUACUUCUCUGUGAUAGAAACUUUGACGAAGAAGCAGAAGCCCUGAGGAGACAGAGCUUCUUUGAGGGCAGUGUCCUGACAAGCAGUAACAGUCUGGUGGCAGAUCCCAACUCAGCCAGCACCAGCGGAGACAAAUCUGUGCUGCAUGAAGAUGUUUACUGCUUCCAGGAUGACCAUUUUGGGGAUGAGGACGAUGCUGCAGAUAUGAUUGAACUCUUGUUGAGGGAUGAGCAAAAUGUCCUAGAUAAAGACAUUCUUGAUGUGGAGGAAGCACGUCCUUUGUCACAAGAUCUGCCAGAGAACAGCACAGCCAUUGAGUCCAACUGUGCAGACACCACUGUUAAGGAUGGGAAUCACACAAUGAAUGAGACAAUCCUUUUGUUCCAGGAAGAAGGAUUUGUGCUUGAGCCAGUUGAUGAUACAGCUGUCACCCAGAGGAAAAAAAAGCAAAGAAAGAGGAAGCUGCUGGUGGAUGUAGAGAAGGAGCUGAGCUGCCAAACCAUUUACAAGCAGCUCUCCAACUACACUGACCUCCUGGCCACGCUGGACCUUGCUCCCCCUACCAAGAAAACAAUGAUGUGGAAGGAGUGGGGAGGUGUGGAUAAACUCCUGUCCCAUUCUUCACAGCCUAUGAUUCAUGCUCAGCUGCAAAAGUUGUUUGAAAAAUGCUUCAAGACUGACAGAUUUAAGAUGAGAGCAAAUGGAAUAUGGAGGAUGUCUGAAAUGAAAGAAGUGAGAAAAGAGCAAGAUACUACAGAGAUGCUGCCAGUAGAAGAGCCAAGUUACCUGCAGGAGCCAGCUCAUUCCAAGACUGGGAGAAAAAUUAGAAAUGAUUCCUUUAUGUUGACAUCACAGAAUGACAGAAAUGAAAUCAAUGAGAACUGUGGUGAAAUUAUAGAGGAUGGAGCAGCUUUCUCUGAGAGCUCAAAAAAUUCCCUGGCCCAAGAAGUUGAAGCACAGAAGGUGGAGGUGCCAGAGGAGCAAACAAUGACUGGGAAAGACAAUGAAGAAAUAAGAUGGGGCAAAAGAACUCUUCGGUUACAAAAAACUUUACAGCAGCUGAAGAGAUCAGGUGUGUGUUCCUUCAGUUUUCGGGAGCUCUGCCGGAGAAACACCCGGAAAGAAGCUGCAGCCAUAUUUUACAUCUUUCUGGUGCUGAAGAAGCAGCAGGUCCUCGAGCUGCAGCAGCCCAAGCCCUUUGCUGACCUCACAGCCACUGCUGGGCCCAUGUUUGACAAGAUCAGAUAAACUGAUCAAAAUACAGCUUGGGUUGCAUUUUCUAGCAAACAGUUUUCCUGGAAAAAGGAUGGACUGUCUUGUCAAGCUGUGGGAGAUGAGCAGAGAUCCCUGCCCUCUACACCACCCAGUCAUGGCUGGUGCAGGGGUCCUGCCCCAGCUGAUCACUACAGGGCUUAUUAUUAAUAUUUAUAGUUACAUGAUGAGUUAUAUGAUAGUUACACAAUAUGUUAAUAAAAUACCACUAAAAUAUAUAUUCUACGUAAGAGAUUUACAUUGUGAAAGAUUUUAUAGAAGUCCUCAAAGGAAUUUUAUAAAAAUCCUCAAAGGAAUUUUAUAAAAGUCCUUCAAAACCUUUCUCAGAGGCUACCUUUGGAGCUUAAAUUAUUUUUGACAAGGCUUGUGUCUGUUAAUUCUCUAAUACCAUCAGUAAGAGUUAUCUUUUUACUCUCUGUAGCAAAAAAAUUUAGAUUAUUUAAAAUUGUUCCUGUCAAAGAACAUUCAAUAUUUCAUAUUUUAAGAUCUAGCAGGGUACCGUCUCCAGUGCUGCUUUUGUGUGUUCAGGCAGACAGAGGUUACACUGGCCCUAGAAGAGUCCAGAAGCUGCAGGCAGAAAUUCUAUUUCCUAGAAACCCUGCAUUGUCAGAUUUCACAGAGCUUUUUAACUUGUUAACACCUUUAUUCAUGUGUAGACCUAUUUAAAAAUGGAUGUUAACUGAAAUAUUAUUAGUUCUUUGCAUUUUUAUCUAAUUUAGGAUAAAUUUAAUCCCUUUUACUGUCAUUUUCUGAAGCUCUUGGUUUCCAGCUGCCCUCCACCUGGAGGAGGGGUGGUUGUGCCCCACUCAGCUGCUUUGGUGCUCUGGGGACAUCACUGUUCCUUCAUGUGGAAUCAAUAAAAAUCAGAAGAUGUUUCCUUUGCUUGUUGGUGUUUCUUUUAAAGGAUCAAAUCCUAUGGGUUCAUCUCAGGG